UCAUCUGCGCCACGUGGCCUCCCAGCGAAGGGGGCAGCCGCGCCCCUCGGCGCCGAUUGGCCGUGGCAGGGGGAGGCGGGCGGGGAUUGGCGGGGGCGGGGCCGGCGCGCACGGUGAAUGAAUGGGGCGCGCGGCUGUGGCGGGAGCCCGGCGCGGCGGCGCGCAGCGGGCCCGGGAGCGCAGCGGGCAGCAGGCGGAGCCGCCAGGUCUGUGCGAGGGGCCGCUGCGUGCGGGACAGCGCCGGAGCGAAAGUGGGUCACGGCGGGGCCCAGCGCCCCAGGCGGGGCGGGACCGGACUUGCGUGCCCCGGCCCGAGCCGGGGCGUCUCCCGCGUUCCCGGGCGGCCACGCCUGUGCGGCUGGCCCCCUGCCCGGCGUCCCGGACCGCCCUUCCCCCGACGCCUCCCCUUCCUCACUGGGCAGCCGCGCCGGAUCCCGGGGGAGGUGGACCGGAGCCUGACGCCGACUGUUCGGUGCCCGCAGCGGUCAGGACCAUGGGCACUCCGGCCUCGGUGGUGAGCGACUCUCCGGGACGGGCAGCGCCCUCAGCCCGCGCCCGUAAGCGGGCCACGGCCAACAUCUUCCAGGGCGUGGGGCUGCGAGAGCUGCGGAGCCUGUUCCGGAGCGGCGGGGCCGAGCGGCCCGAGGAGCGCGCCCGCCUCGUCUGGCGGUACGCGGGCCAGCGGCGCAUGGCGCGGGCCCUGCGGCGGCUGCGGCGGCGACGAGCCCAGCCCGGCGGCGGGAUGGCAGCGCUUCGGCGCUUCCAACACCUUCGGUAGGAUCGCGGAGAAGAAGCUGGAGGGUGACUGCGGGGCCGAGACGGGCUCGGGCUCCAUGUAGCAGCGCUGAGAGGCUGGAGAGCGGCUCCCCAAGGUCCCUAAGUGUACCGGGCGGGUGCAAUGAAUGGUUAAUAAAGGGUAGACAGUGGUGGUGGGUGAGGCUCUGGUUGUGUCCUGCUCAUCCCUGAGUAGCAGAGCCAUGGUCCAGGCUGUUGUACAGCACCUAGUGCAAGGGGAACAGCCCCACAUCAGAGGUCAGGUUGGAACAGACCUGUGGGUCCUCUAUUCCAGCCUCCCUGCCUCCCAGCAUCCUAGAGCAGAUGUCACAGGAUCACAGCCAGAUGGUUCUUGAAUAUCUCUUGUGAGGGAGACUCUCUGGGCCAAUCUGUUCCAGUGCACAAUCACAAAUUAACGGCCCUGGCACAGUCACAGGGACAGCUGAAGAACAAGCUACAUGCUGCCCUUCAUGAGAAGGAACACUAGGAAGAGAGAACACAGAUUCUCCAGGAAAAGAUUUCUCUGCUGGAAGACCAGCUGGCCACGCUGGAAGAGUGUAGCACCCAGGAGAACGGAGCAGUCAUGGGGGACAUGCUGAAGCUGGAGGAGCUGAAGCAGGAGGUACUCAGCCUCGCUGCCAAAAGAACAAAACUCCAAGCCAUGGUCCUGUGGCUGAAGGAGGAGAAGCAGCUACAGGGAGCAGACUUGCAGUCUGAAUGUGGCCACUUUGAGGAGGAGAAGCAGCAGCUGGGCAGCCUCAUCUCCAGCCUCUAGAGCUCCCUCUCCAAGAGCCACUGGGCCCAGGAGAGACUGGAGCAGGAUCUGCAGACAGAAUGCCAGGAGACAGCUUGGGCAGCUGGUUGCCCUCAAAGUCCAGCAUGAGCAGACAGGAAAGGAACUCUGUCCUGCAGCAGCUCCAGCAGUUGCAGGCAGCCAGUGCAUCCCUGUACAGGUACACAUGGAUACCAGCCAUGGGCUGAGGAACCCCGACCUGCUCUAGGGUGCUGCAGAGGCACAGAUGUAGCCAGCUCAAUGGCAGCUCUGUUAUUCAGACCGUUGCAUGGUUUAAAUACAUUACAUACAUUUCUACAGUGCAUUAGAACAAUACAUUUUGGGUCAGUCAAAUGCAGCUGGGCCUGGCUGGGGAGUUGGGAUCUCCACUGCUGCCCCCUCUGUGCUUACACAGCCAAUGCUGCUCCAUUGAAGGAGACAAAGCAGCUGCUCUGCCUUCCCAGGUUCACCUGCCUUCAUCCCUCUCACUCCCCAAAGAUGGGCUAACAGAACAACAAGACCCAACUCUGACUUUUCCCAGCAGCCUGAGAAGUCACAGCUCAAGGCAAGCAGGUGCAGGCAUCAGCCCUGGUGCUGUUUGAUACAACACAAGCUCAGCAGCUGCUGGUGAGAGGGGCUCCCUGCCUCCCCAGCCACAGCAGGCCUGUGAGAUUGUCAGCUCCAGGGCAGGCAGGAGUCCAUGCUGGUCCCCUAGUGCUCCCACCCAUGUGGCAGAAGAGCCCCUCCAGCCCUUCCCUGGCAGCCCCUGCCCCUCAGAGGGUCCCUAGGCACAGACAAGGCUGGCACCAUGCUGGCUGCACAGCAGCCAGGGAGCUUGCUGGGAGAGGAAAGAAAGUCAAGCGAGAGCAGCUAUGGAGACGAGGCAGGAAAAUGGACUGGGGCAAAAGGGGAGAGCUCCCAUGGGAGAGCUCUGCAAAGCCACCUGCCCUUCACAGGGACAAGCCAGCACUUUCUUUGCCUUAGUGUCUAACUGCACC